CUCGUCGCGGAGCAGCACGUCCCCGUCUCCGCCCAGGACAAGGACAGCAAGCGCCUCAUCGUCGUCCUCUCCAACGCCAGCCUCGAGACCUACCGCUCCUCGCACGGCGGCGGCGGCAGCGGAGGACCCGGACGUGCUGCGAACGGCCGCGAGGAGAAGUACUCGCUGCUCAACUCCGACGAGCACAUCGGCAUCAUGCGCAAGAUGAACCGCGACAUCAGCGAGGCCCGGCCGGACAUCACCCACCAGUGCCUGCUCACCCUGCUCGACUCGCCCGUCAACAAGGCCGGGAAGCUGCAGAUAUACAUCCACACGGCCAAGGGGGUGCUCAUCGAGGUCUCCCCCACCGUCCGCAUCCCUCGCACCUUCAAGCGGUUCGCGGGCCUCAUGGUCCAGCUGCUGCACCGGCUCUCCAUCCGCUCCACCAACUCCGAAGAGAAGCUGCUCAAGGUCAUCAAGAACCCCAUCACAGACCACCUGCCGCCCAACUGCAGGAAGGUCACGCUGAGCUUCGACGCCCCCAUCGUGCGGGUGAACGACUACGUCAAGACCCUGGGGCCCAAGGAGAGCAUCUGCGUGUUUGUCGGAGCCAUGGCCAAGGGGCGAGAUGACUUUGCAGACGCCUUCAAGGACGACACCAUCUCCAUCAGCAACUUCAGUCUCAGCGCCAGCGUCGCCUGCAGCAAGUUCUGCCACGCCGCAGAGGACGCAUGGAACAUUGUCUAA